AUAAAGGGGAUGUGGAAAGUGCUCAUUGACGUUGUCCUGGAAACAGGAGGGAGCCUUAACUUGCUCUCCGUGAAUGAUUUAGCACGUACAAGUUAGCUAACUAUAUAACUAGCUAGCUUAGCUAACUAGGUUAGGUACUGUAUUUCAAGAAAUACUUCAGAAAAGAGACGUCCCUCCAGUUACGCUAGCUAGCUGUAUGCUAUAUAGUUGGCUACAAAGUUGCAUAAAAUACUGACCCUGAGUAGAUAUAGCAAGCAUGACCCAGCAAGGAGCCGCACUUCAAACCUACAACAACGAACUCGUGAAGUGUAUAGAGGAGCUUUGCUUUAAGAGGGAUGAGCUCAAUAAGCAGAUAAAGCAAGAGGAAGAUGAGAAGGCUCGUCUUCAACACGAUAUCCGCAUACUGACGGAGAAGCUGAGCCGUGUGAACGAGAGCUUGGCCCGCCGUCUCACUGCUCGCGCCGAAUUCGAUCGCACUAUUGCUGAGACCGAGGCCGCCUAUAUGAAGAUUCUGGAGAGUUCUCAGACGCUCUUGAAUGUUCUAAAGAAAGAAACGGGGAACCUCACCAAAGCCACUGAACUCAGAAACAGCAAAGAUCAUUGACCCAUUAUCCUUGCCCCCUCUCUGCAUCAGUGCCUUGUCUUUUGUUGCUAAUUUUACUGUUCAAAUCCCCCUCCUGUAUUUGCAUUUAAUCUUUUGUAUCUUCUUAAGCCACCACUGUAUCAAAACUGUAGAUAUCCAAUAUUGAUAGAUACAAUAUUUUGACUGUGCAUUAAAUAUUUACUGUGGUAAGUCAUAUUUUAAAUGAAAUGUUUUAAUAAAGUAUAUAUUUGA